AUGGAUAAAAACGAGUAAGUACACAAUCUACAGGAUGGUGAAAUUAUCAACAAGCCUUUUAAUAGUCACUGCACCAUUUGAUGCACAUGUGUCGUUUUCAUGAUUUAUCUGAAAAGUGUUUCAUCGAUUAGGCAGAUGCACUCGGUGGUCUCGCUUUUGCAAAUAGCUAUGCCGUGGUCACUAGCUAGGAUGUCGGUCUCUCAGGCAUCGUUUUAACACGGUUUUCUAUCUGACACUUGCAGCUGGAUUAAAAUAUGCAUCCAGUCGGUACACUGCGUCGACGUGAACGUUUAGACAAGAUUUUUUUGUCGUGCAAAGUAGUUUAGUUUGCUCUGUAUCAUUUUCGCACGAACAGGAUCCUCUUAUAUUCACUAGAAAUUGUGUAUACGUGCAGUGAAUAGGAUUUACUUCAUGUAUUGAUAAAAGCCGGCUUCACGUUCAUGACGACGGUCGGCAUUGUGGUGAACACACGGCUCCCUUUAUUUCACCGAGCUAGCUUACAUGAAACUUUCAUAUUUCGGACUACUGGACGAGCUAGUGCUUGGAGCUAAUUGAGCACAUGUAGUGGAAAUGAGAGUUAAACGCCGUCGAGGGGUGUUGUAAUUGCAUUUACAUGACUGUUAAUUACACUGAGUGUAUCACUGUACAUUUUGCAUACGUUAACGUUGAUGUUGUAUUAGCCUAUGGUGUCAAUUUACUGACCGAACCUACGAUUUCCGGUAAAAUUGCAAAACAAAGGACACUUAACUCUGAGUUUGAGACGAUAAAUCAUUUUAUUUGUGUUUAGUAUUCCAACCUGAUGAACAACCAGACCCUCUGAGACAAAAUAUAAAUAAAUAAACAAAUAAAUAAUGGGCUUACUUAUCUUAUCUUAGCUUCCCACUCCUUUUUGAACAUGAAUAACUUUUUGUCAUUUGUUGUUGUAUUCUUUACUUUUUUAAAAAUCAUUAUUAUCUUUACAUGUUCAAAAUAAACUUCAAUCAAUCAAUGAAUCAAUCUAUCUUAUACAAACCAAACCUUUACGUGACGGUCAUGAUCACUGAAUAAAGCCAGUAAAGAGGACUUAAGGUAAUAUCUUUUUAAAACACUUUACAUCAGAUAGGAAUAGCUAUGAAUUUUGCACAUUUGAAUGCAGGGUGUACUUAAAGUAGCCUAAAUAUGUGAUUGAUUUCAUCAUCUUUUUCGAUAAAUACAAGGCAAUAAUUUGAGGAAGCAAACUUAAAUAGGCCAAAGUUAUUGACCUUGCGCAUUAAUCAACUUUAAAUUUAUACCACAUUAUUUUGUAGCUUUGAAAGAAUGUAUUUAUUAACUUUUUUAUAGCAUUCAAUAAAAUAUUGGAAACUUCAAGAGUUCAGAUCCUUCCUGUUACUUAAGUAACUGUUGUUUGACCCCCUUUUAAAUCAUUGUUGUAUAAAAGUAGGCUACUUAUUGAUGUUUCCUUUUUUAAGAUGGAAAUAUAAUUGAUUUUUUUAGUGUUAUUGGCUGAAAACAUUAAUUUCUAAUGAACUCAAAUGUUUCCCUUUAAAAUAUGUAUCAUCUUUAUGUUGGCAUAGUUUUGUUAUAUAACCUGUCAGAAAAUUUUAAAUGACAAAAUCUUGUUGAAAGGGAACCCUUAAACCAGUGGUUUUCAACUGAUGGGUCUCGACCCAAAAGUGGGUCACGGACACGUUCUGGAUGGGUCACAAACAGCCGAUCAAAAAAGUAAAUAUUUAAUGCGGUAUUUAUUAGAUAUUUGAUAUUUUUUUUGUACAUGCAACUUCAGUAGUUGUCGUCCUCAUGUUGUCCCCUGCAUGUGCUUUGAAAUGCACUUUACUCAAUAAAACAAGUGGAUUUAUGUUAAAGAUUAGAGUCUUUCAAUGUUUUUUAUAUAAAAAUUUAAUUUGCUUGGUUUGAAUUCUAUAAAAGUGGGUUGCGAAUGAAGGACCAUGGGAAAAUUUGGGCCCUAGAGUGAGACAAGUUGAGAACCACCGCCUUCAACUUUUAGAGUACUGAAAUUAUAGAUCAGUAAUUGAAUAUGGUUAAUGGUAAAUAUGCUCAAAACUUAAUCACAGAAAAGAACUUUUUUAUGUUUCAUUGAACAUUUUGAGAACAGAAAGUAUUUUACAUUUCAUGUGCCAGAACUAACUUGACAUCAAAUUAGAUUGAUUUCUCAUGAAAGCUCGAUGCCUUCUUGUGUAUAGUACAUUUUCGUUUCUUAUUCUGAAGUUAUAAUCCUUACUUCCUGUCUCGUACUGGCUGCCUUUCAUUGCAUAGACGCAUUCAGGUUGUCCUAUGUUUUCCUUGCGGAUGUAGCCCUCGUGCCCCGACGAGACAGGCAGGUAGUGAUGUGGCUGAGGUCCGCGGCGGAGCGAUCUGCGCGACGACAAAGAGAUGAGAUGUUGUUAGACCGGAGAUCCCAUUACAGAGAACGCAUGUAGUAAUAUGGUCGAAACAAAAGCGUAAGAGGCAAAAGAUUUGCCACAAGAAAUCGGCACUUUUCUCUCAAAUCCAGUUUACUUACACGCGGUAACUUUUAGAGGACUAUUAGGCAACUCGCGUGGGAAAUGGAGAAGAAAAGGUGGGAUUGCACUGCUCUCCCCAAGGGCUGGAAAAUGGAAGAAGUGACCAGAAAGUCGGGUUUGUCAGCUGGAAAAAGCGAUGUCUAUUAUUUUAGGUACUAAACGACCGUGGGCUUGCAAAACUUAACUUGUGCACAAUACACCGAAUUUACCGGCGCAGAAUGAGGGAAAAAAAGAGACGGUGGUCGGUCUAAAGUUUGAAAGUGGAGGAAGAGGAGGGGGGGAUGUUUGUAGCAGGGCAACAAGGCCAGCCAGGCCAGCCCCACUCCCAAGUGUUGGGAUAAGUAGGAGUUUAUCCAACCGUGCAGGCUAGCAGCAGCAGGCCUCUGAUGAAUCCAACUCAGUGUCAUAUCAGUUUAAUACUUUCUUAUUUCCCUUUUGCAAUGAAUCAACAACGGCAGAUUUGUUUUCAUUUAGCAGAGGAGAAGAACAAGAUGAGGAACAGAGGCAAGAGAGGGGGGAGGCGGGUCGGUUGUAUAGUUUGUGGUAGGCUAACUGUACAAUCAUACUGGUGUUAACUGUGGUGUGUGAUGUAAGAUACAUUUGCAUGAGUUACUAGCACGUAUCCACCCACAGUUGUUCUUUGUUAAUCAUUGCUCAGGCUAAAGAUACUGUUGCUCCCCUCAAGUGGAGUCACAAUGUUUCCAUUUUGAAACAUUUGGUCAGUUUUGAUGUGUUUACUGGAUUUUUGGAGUUAAACUCUAAAGCUACAUAUAUGAUGAAUGUGUUUUCUGUAGGUGUAUUGACCCAUAUACUCAUAUGUUAACAUGUCAAGUUUGUUAAAGAUAAGAGGGCUCAGAGAAGUUUUAAGACUGCAUCCAUUUCACCAAGUAAUGUGAUAUCAUUGACCACUUUAAAGCCCACUGCUUCUGUUGCUUUGACUUGUUGCAUGUUCUGGUUCUUGUUUUUUCUGUCUGCUAUGUGUGUAUGUGUAUGUAUGUGUUUUGAUGUGUGUGACCUGUCCGUUUUGUCCCCCGCCUUCAUCUCUAAUUUUAUUUCCUCUAUUGAUGUCUUUGUCGGUGUUGUUGUUGUUGUUGUCGUCUCUGUUUGCGAUGAUAUAAGUAUAGUGGUUUCUCUCUGCCUCCCUUUGCCAGUCCAUCUGGGAAGAAGUUUCGGAGCAAGCCUCAGCUGGCCCGUUACCUUGGCAACCAGAUGGACCUUAGCUCCUUUGAUUUCCGCACUGGGAAAAUGCUGAUGAGCAAGCUGAACAAGAACCGUCAGAGGUUGAGAUAUGAUAACAACAAUCAGAACAAGGUGAGAAAAACAGGCUCAUGAAUGUGAGCUGGUGACUUACACCUGGACCAUUUUACUAUAACAAAACUGUGAAGUUGUUCAGUUAAAAGAUCACAAACUUUAAACGGAGUGAGGCAAAAUCACACAUUUCUCCCAAUAUAGUGAGUUUAUAAAGCAGAGUCAUGUCUAAAGUCCCAUCCUGUGCACAAAGUUCCUGAAAACUUCCCAAAUUAACCUGAGUUAGCUGCAUGGGUAAAAACAAACAGCCCAAUUUUCACUCAUCUUCACCUGGAAUAGUUUCUACUAAGCUCUUAGUUUGAUUUUCAAGUAAAAUGGGGUGAGCUCAUGUGAGAACAGCACUAACAAGUGCCCAGGAUUUGGGCCCUGCAUGCACAGAGCCACGUAGUUGCACAUCUAGACGAGAAAUAUUAAAUCCAGCACCAGUAUAAACCCAGAAGAGCAACAUGCAACAGUGUGAAGUUAACCUUAUAUCGUAGUGAGACUGCAUUCAACUCAUGCCUUCUCUCCAGUGUGCUCUUUUUCAAUUAUUUGUUGAUACUUUUGAUAUGCUCAGAUUAUUGUAGCAUCAACAGGCAAAAACCGUUGUAAAAAUGUAAGACUGCAGAGUCUUUUAGAUUUGCAACAGAUGCAAACAAUUGAAUAAGAGGGUUCAAAAUUAGACAAAAUAAUAUACCUAACAUACAUUUUUAUGAUAUGGGUGAGUGAAAUUAGAGAAUCUGUAGUUUUAUUCUUGGAUAAGACUACAAAAGAUCACUCCUUGCAUCUAUUUGACAACACGAUGAGCCUUCUCACAUCCUCCUUACCCACCUAUUUCCUUGCAUGCUGGGAGGGCACUUGUGAAUUGUGAAGUCAGGCAAAGGCUCCUGAACUAGUCUAUAAGUUUUUGUAAUUUAUGUCUGAAGACAGCUGAUGUGCUUCUCGUCUCCCUUGUCAUUAAGCUCACGGUGUUGUCCUCUAAAUUAAACUUCCUCUGUCCUAAGUAGGUAGGAGUGAACAAGUUAACUAUAAUGGAUAAGAAGUCCAGUAUCCUGAUAGAGCCCCUAAGUCUUGACAACAAUUAAAAUGUCUUGUUAAACUUUCAAUAAUAAGACUUCUAGUGUAUCAGAUGUUCAGGCGAUCAGAUCAACUUAAUCAUUUUAGAAACCUUUUUGAAUACAGAGGUUAAAAGUUGUGUAAAUUAAACUCGACAUAGUUGUAAUCAGGAAUGAGGGGAAACAUGUGUCUCUGCCUUUGUGUAUUUCUGCACUCUUAUUGUCCUCCUGUCAUUUGUUUUUAAGGGUAAACCUGACCUGAACACUUCACUACCAGUCAGACAGACAGCAUCCAUCUUUAAGCAACCUGUUACCAAGGUUACCAACCACCCAAACAACAAAGUAAAGACGGACCCUCAGAAAGCUGUUGACCAGCCUCGACAGGUGAGCACCUUCUGCCUUUUACAGUUCACACCAUCCAGUUUACACUUCAAACUAUAUAAUGGGCAACUUUUUAGCUGAUAAGAAGUCGAUGGAGUCACAUUGGAUUUGUUUGUUUGGACUUUUACAUCGUAGCUGAAUUUAAAUGUAUGGUAUCUUUAUAUUAAAACUGCCUGCUACUUUUUUUUUUUUUUUUCUGCAGCUUUUUUGGGAGAAAAAAUUGAGUGGUCUUAAUGCAUAUGACAUUGCAGAAGAGCUUGUGAAAACGAUGGAACUGCCUAAAGGCUUGCAAGGUAAUGCACAAAUUCUGCACUGAUCUUUCAGACAGAAUAGCUGUCUGGAAAAGUAUUUGGUCAUGUUUUAACAAUCGUUUUUUAUCCUAACAUGCAGCUGAUUUUAACAAAAGGUAUAGUUUGCUUGUUUUAAAUGCCCCUCUAACCACCCUACUGGCCCCUCAGGUGUUGGUCCAGGCUGCACAGACAAGACUCUCCUGUCAGCUAUUGCAAGCGCUCUGCACACCAGCGCUGCCCCCAUCACCGGCCAGCUGUCUGCGGCUGUGGAGAAGAACCCUGGAGUGUGGCUCAACACGGCACAGCCGCUGUGCAAGGCGUUCAUAGUCACCGAUGAGGACAUUAGGUAGGAGAUCACAGAGCAUCAUCACACAUCAUUGACCUGUUUGUUUUUAAAGUUUUAGAAUUAACCCGUUCUGAAUUAAAAAAAAUUAGAAGCUUGCAAAUCCUGACAGGGAGAAAAAGCAGGGAGUGACAUGAAAUCCAACAAUGGGUCAAACUUGGAUCAUUAGGCCAGCGGUCACCCACUGGUUUUGCUUUCAACCCUUCCAAGAAAGACACACAGUGUAAAUAAAUGUGGUUUCCAGAUUUGUUACAAUAGCGAGUAUCUGAGGCCUGAGCUGGAACGAAAUCAGAAAUACUCUGAAAAUCUUGACGCGAUUCAUCCAAAGGUAACAGACUGAAUCAGUUCAGAAAUCCCACAGCCUAUAACAGGGGACCCUGUAAAAACACACCAUCUGCUCUGUGCUGAUUCUGUGGCUGCUAUAGGCAGCUGUAACUGCCAACUCUAACAGCUUCCUGUUGUGUUUACAUGAAGGAAACAGGAAGAGCUGGUGUACAGUGUGAGGAAAAGGCUGGAGGAGGCACUGAUGGCAGAUAUGUUGGCCCACGUCGAGGAAGCAGCCAGCGAAGGGGAGGCUCUGAAGGAGGAAGGCAAUGGCAGUGAAGAUAUGGAAGGGGUAUAG